GGGGCCGGGCGGGGCGGGGCGGGGCGGGGGGGGGAGGAGGAGGCCGCAGAGGAGCCCGUCGGCGCGGCGGCGAGGAGCGGAGCGCAGCGGGACGCGCCAUGGUGGAUUACCACAGCGCCGGGCAGCCCUACGCCUAUGGCGGCAACGGGCCCGGGCCCAAUGGCGACUACAUGGCCCAGGAGGACGACUGGGACCGCGACCUCCUCCUCGACCCGGCCUGGGAGAAGCAGCAGCGCAAGACGUUCACGGCCUGGUGCAACUCCCACCUGCGGAAGGCCGGCACGCAGAUCGAGAACAUCGACGAGGACUUCCGCGAUGGCCUCAAGCUCAUGCUGCUGCUGGAGGUGAUCUCGGGGGAACGGUUGCCCAAACCGGAGCGGGGGAAGAUGAGAGUGCACAAAAUCAACAACGUCAACAAAGCGCUCGACUUCAUAGCGAGCAAAGGCGUCAAGCUGGUCUCCAUCGGAGCCGAAGAGAUCGUGGACGGCAACGCGAAGAUGACGCUGGGCAUGAUAUGGACGAUUAUCCUCAGAUUUGCUAUCCAGGACAUCUCGGUGGAAGAGACCUCCGCCAAGGAGGGCCUGUUGCUGUGGUGUCAGAGGAAGACGGCCCCGUACAAGAACGUCAACGUGCAGAACUUCCACAUCAGCUGGAAAGACGGUCUUGCUUUCAAUGCCUUGAUCCACCGGCACAGACCCGAGCUCAUUGAAUACGACAAGCUCAGAAAGGACGACCCCGUGACCAACCUGAACAACGCCUUCGAAGUGGCGGAGAAGUACCUGGACAUCCCCAAGAUGCUGGAUGCGGAGGACAUUGUCAACACAGCCCGCCCUGACGAGAAAGCCAUCAUGACCUAUGUGUCAAGCUUCUACCAUGCCUUUUCCGGGGCUCAGAAGGCCGAGACGGCGGCCAACCGCAUCUGCAAAGUGCUGGCCGUGAACCAGGAGAACGAGCACCUCAUGGAGGACUACGAGAAGCUGGCUUCCGACCUGCUGGAGUGGAUUAAGCGCACUAUCCCCUGGCUGGAGGACCGCAGCCCCCAGAAGACCAUCCAGGAGAUGCAGCAGAAGCUGGAAGACUUCCGCGACUACCGCCGCAUCCACAAGCCUCCCAAGGUGCAGGAGAAAUGCCAGCUGGAGAUCAACUUCAACACCUUGCAGACGAAGCUGCGCCUGAGCAACCGGCCCGCUUUCAUGCCCUCGGAGGGGAAGAUGGUGUCGGACAUCAACACCGGCUGGCAGCACCUGGAGCAGGCCGAGAAGGGCUACGAGGAGUGGCUGCUCAACGAGAUCCGGCGCCUGGAGCGCCUCGACCACCUCGCCGAGAAGUUCAGGCAGAAGGCCUCCAUCCACGAGGCCUGGACCGAAGGCAAGGAGGCCAUGCUGAAGCAGAAGGACUACGAGACGGCCACGCUGUCGGACAUCAAGGCGCUCAUCAGGAAGCACGAGGCGUUCGAGAGCGACCUGGCCGCCCACCAGGACCGCGUGGAGCAGAUCGCCGCCAUCGCCCAGGAGCUCAACGAGCUGGAUUACUACGACUCUCCCAGCGUGAACGCCCGCUGCCAGAAGAUCUGUGACCAGUGGGACGUCCUGGGCUCCUUGACCCACAGCAGGAGAGAGGCCCUCGAGAAAACGGAGAAGCAGCUGGAGACCAUCGACGAGCUGCACCUGGAGUACGCGAAGCGGGCGGCCCCCUUCAACAACUGGAUGGAGAGCGCCAUGGAAGACCUCCAGGACAUGUUCAUCGUCCACACCAUCGAGGAGAUCGAGGGCCUGAUCGCCGCCCACGACCAGUUCAAAUCCACCCUGCCCGACGCCGACAAGGAGCGCGAAGCCAUCCUGGGCAUCCAGAGAGAGGCGCAGAGGAUCGCCGACUUCAACAGCAUCAAGCUCUCCGGCAACAACCCCUACACCUCCGUCACCCCGCAGAUCAUCAACUCCAAGUGGGAGCGGGUCCAGCAGCUGGUGCCCAAGCGGGACCACGCGCUGCUCGACGAGCAGAGCAAGCAGCAGUCCAACGAGCACCUGCGGCGGCAGUUCGCCAGCCAGGCCAACAUCGUGGGGCCCUGGAUCCAGACCAAGAUGGAGGAGAUCGGGCGCAUCUCCAUCGAGAUGAACGGCACGCUGGAGGACCAGCUCAACCACCUCAAGCAGUACGAGCAGAGCAUCGUGGACUACAAGCCCAACCUCGACCUGCUGGAGCAGCAGCACCAGCUCAUUCAGGAGGCGCUCAUCUUCGACAACAAGCACACCAACUACACCAUGGAGCACAUCCGCGUGGGCUGGGAGCAGCUGCUCACCACCAUCGCCCGCACCAGCAACGAGGUGGAGAACCAGAUCCUGACGCGCGACGCCAAGGGCAUCAGCCAGGAGCAGAUGCAGGAGUUCAGGGCUUCCUUCAACCACUUCGACAAGGACCACGGCGGCUCCCUGGGCCCGGAGGAGUUCAAAGCCUGCCUCAUCAGCCUGGGCUACGACGUGGAGAACGACCGGCAGAAGCGCGCAGGAAGCAUGGACACGGAUGACUUCCGAGCUCUCCUUAUCUCCACGGGAUGCAGCCUGGGCGACGCCGAGUUCAACCGGAUAAUGAGCGUCGUGGAUCCCAACAACAGCGGGAUCGUCACCUUCCAGGCCUUCAUCGACUUCAUGUCGCGGGAGACCACCGACACGGACACGGCCGACCAGGUCAUCGCCUCCUUCAAGGUCCUCGCUGGGGACAAGGUGAGGACGCGCGCGGGAGCCUUCGGGACGAGGGUGCCGGAGCCCCCGGGAGAGCCGGGAAGCGGCUCCGGAGCUCGGCGGCGCCUCCGGCCUCACCUCGGCCCGUCUCCGCCGCAGAACUACAUCACGGCGGAGGAGCUGAGGCGGGAGCUGCCCCCGGACCAGGCCGAGUACUGCAUCGCCCGCAUGGCGCCCUACCAGGGCCCCGACGCCGUCCCGGGCGCCCUCGACUACAAGUCCUUCUCCACGGCGCUGUACGGCGAGAGCGACCUGUGAGGCGGCGGCGGCGGCGGCACCGAGCGCUGGCGCUUCGUGGCGGGGGCCCGGCCCCGGCCCCCCGCGCCCCGCAUCCCCGCUCGCGCGCCCCAAACCCGCCUGCCCCCCCCCCCCCCCCCAAGCCCCCGAGCCCCGGCGCGGCUCGGCCUCCCUGCCGGUUCCCGCACGUUAUAGCGACCGCGUUACCUAUGCAAGGAUGAUCUUAUUUUAUUUCUCGUCCCCCCCCCUUUGCUCGGUGGAGGGGGGGGGCGGGGGGUUGCUCACCUUGACCUGCUUCGGGGUUUCUUGGCGGGGGGGGGGGGCCGGGGCGCCCGGCGGCUCUGCUUCAGAUGGUUAUUUUUUUUAAUAUAUCCCCUUCUAUUUUUUCAAACGACCUUAAGGAAGAGAAAAAAGACAAAAAAAAAAAAAAUCCUGCUGUCGACCGGUAUGUUUAAAGCGGAGCCCUCCCCCCCCCGGCCCCCCCCGGCUCUGCCCCUCUUUAAUUUAUGCCUCCGCGUCGCCCCGAUCCCGACCGGGCUCCGCGGAAAAGCCGCUGGGAAGAGCGUCGGGGACCCUCGGGGGGGGGGGCAGAUCGGGGCGAAACGGGGCCCCCCCGGCCCCACCACCUCCCUCCAGCCUUGGAGCAGGUUUUUCUGAGGACCAAAAAUUAAGAAAAAAAGCAAAAAAAAAAAACAAAAAAAAAAAAACCAAGCCACCCAGCCACACGGCCACACACACACGAUUCCGCUCUUUUAAGCGACAUCGAGACGGUUCCUAUUUACUUUAUUACCGUACGGAUUUAUUAUAUAAAUAUAUAUUCACCUAGCAGCAUAUGUUACCGGGUUUCUUUGGGGUGUAGCCGAGGUGAUGGCGGAGCGCUGCAGCGGGGACGCUGGGGACGCCGGGGCCCCCGGACGCCCGGCCCCGCCGCGCUCCCCGGGCGCAGGGCAAUAAAACGUGUCAUAUUUUUAA